AUGAGCUGUUUUGUUCCCACGAGGAGUAUUCUGAGUGACAAAGCCUCCCCUCCAUCAGAUCAGGCCUAUCUGCAGGCAUCAGCCAUUUUCCAGCAGCUGCGCGAGGAGAAGCCAGUCGCACUUCAACUUCUGCAUUACGGGAAGAAAACGGACACGUCGCUGCCACCCGAGAGCAGCGGAAACAAAAGCACACAGAGACAGGCCUACCAGCUUGCCUUCAACACACUCAAAUACCAAGAUUUACUUGAGGACAUCAUCAUUGACAGCUGCUUCCACACCUCUCAGCAUAUUUCUCCCGACUUGUUGCCAUUAGCGAUGGUGAUGCUGUUUGACCUCCAGGACCGAAGAUUUUUAUUGCGUGAACGUUCAACAAUGGAAGGAGAGGAGCCUCUACAGGAAGUCAGGGACCUGGAGAGUAGUCUGCACAGGUGUAAAACCAAGCUAGCAGCAUCUCUGGCUCGUUGCAGAGUGAAACAGAACCUACAAAGCGUCUCCUGUUUUCUGUCUGAUCCCGUCAGGACCAAACAGCACAGAGCAAAACGUCUGCCGCUGUACGCAUGGGUCAACACGCUCAAGGCCAGUGUUGAAGAUGUGUGCAAGGCGAUGCAAAGCACUGGCUUGUGUGAAGUGACUGACACAACUAACCUCAAGGACUCAACGUUCUGCAGGGACUCUCUCUGUCUGGACACGCUCGUCUUCUCCCACCAGCUUCACGCUCUGCUCCAGCACAGCAGCCUCACUGCCACACAUGUACUGAACAUACAGGACAGGAGUGUGUGCGUGGCAGUAAGUGUGUUACGCCCCCUCCUGUUCGAUAAGGGUGACGUCCUGAUGGUGGGGUCUUUCUCAGCCUUGACCGUGGCUCAUGUAGCUGUUGCAGCUGCUGACCGCUCCGGUCGAGUGUUGCUGUGUGGAGCUGAUCACACCUCUGCACAGGUGGAGGAGAUUCAGGCCCUGCUCACAGAGAUGGACAUCAAGAAUGUGCGAGUCCUGUCAGAGGCAUUCAGCAGUCUGAAUGAGUGGGACACCACCGUGCAGAGGUUAAAGGUCAUCAUAGUGCUGCCUCGGUGUUCAUCCUCGGCCCUCAAUGACCCUGUGCCCACCAUCCACAGUGAACAUGGUGACUGGGAUCUGUUACCAGACUUAUCUCACGGUUCUGUAUCCCAGCAUAAAAUACACACAAUGGCCACCCAGCAGACACGACUAUUAGCGCACGCUCUGACCUUCCCAAAGGUUCAGACAGUGGUCUACUGCACACGCUCAGUGUACCCGGAGGAAAAUGAACAGCUGGUGAAAAGAGUGUUAGAAAAAACACACACUCACCCCAAAUUGCUGCCCUUCAGGGUGAACGGCCCAAUUUUCACCAUUGACUCUCAGUCAGGAGACGCAGCAGACUCCAAGUUCUUCAGACUUGAACCGUCUCAGUUCACCAACGGCUGCUUCAUCGCCCGACUGUCCCGACAGGCGGAUCCCACUAAGGUGGAAACAGUCCAGGAUGUGCUGGCGAGGGCGGCAGCGAAGGGCCUCCUGGGUGGAAUAAUUCCUGAACCAUCAAAAACGGGUAAAAAGGGGAAAAGCAGGAAGAAUCGUGCAGGAGAAGAUCCAGAUAUCGCACCUUCAGAAGAGGAUAAAGGUGAGGGAGACUUGAAGGGUAGUGAGGAGGAAGUGGAGUACAAAAAGGAGGAAGAUGAGGAGGGGAAGGAGGAAAAGAAGAGAAGAGGGAUUAAAGGGCGCAAACAAAAGCUCAAACGGCGACCGAAGCAAACCACCAGGGCUCCCGCCGUCUCCAAACAUCGCCCGAAAAGUCACAAGAAGAAAACAACGAAGAGAAAACUCAACAAGAGGCAUAGACGAAUACCUCGUCUCACGCUGACGUUAAUGUCCUCUGCAAAACCAUCCAGCCACUUGUCGCCAAUCACAGCCCUCGCGCACAAGAUCAGCAGCCCGCCCUCUGCUGGGAAACAUCCUCCACCUGCUCCACCUGUAGCCUCCAAACAGGUGCAGAGACCAAACACAAAGCCUGAGGGAAGAGCAGAGAAAACACUGAAGGAUGCAGCUAAUCCGGCAAGUCCGUUAAAGGAGGCCAGGGGGGGAAAGGUGGUUCGACCAGAAGAGGCCGCAGAUUCUGUCCUUCCACCCAUUCCUCCCUCACCGUCCUCUGGCUCUGUUCGCACCAGGAGCGGUAGAUCUCAGAGCUCCCACUCUGAGAACAUGUCUGCGUCCUCGUCUUCCAUCUUUCUGCCUGGAUUAUAAAGAACGUUGGUUAAAUUAUUGGCAUAUUCUGACGCUGCAAUCACUGUGAUCACACAAGAAAGUAUAGAAGCCCAUUUCCGAGUCAAAAUAAUGACUGAGUAAAUCAAAAUUAAGUUUCUCUACUAAGUCAUUAUUAUAAAAACUUACAGGAUCUUUUUUUUUUUUUUUAAAUCACAUUAGCAGAAAUGGGCUUCCAUAGUAAAUUAUAGGAGGAAAAGAAAUAAAUUAUGGUAUUUAAAGUUUCAUUUUGUGCACUAAAAUGAUUAUAAUAAUUUUACGUCAUAAGAUGGAAGCUCAUGAA